AUGUCCGAGAUCAACGUGGCCGCCGUCCUGACUCCCAAGUCGGAGAAAUUUGAAGAGGCUGCUGCGCUCAUCACCGAGGUGAUUCAAAAGGUGCAGGCCAACGAGCCGGGCACCCUCCUCUACACUGCCUUUCAGGUGUCGGGCAAGAAGGAGAUUGUGAUUGUGGAAAGGUCAGUGGAUGGAAAUCUUCUCCAACUCUCUUCGAGUCAUCAACCAAAGAUACCACACGAUCAAAUUCAUUGCAUGACCGUGAUGAUGCGGGUGAUGGGCUUCUCCCUAGCCUACACGCACCCAUGCAUCCAUACUGCCCCUCUUAUCGAGUUGUGCCUCGGCAUCUCGCUGCCCAUCAACUGGUCAACAUUUACUGUGCGGCGAAAGCAAACGGAACUUAACGAGACACUUCUAACCCCAUCAUCUUCCAUCCUCUACAGAUAUAAGGACCAGGCUGCCGUUCAGGCACACACCAAGACUCCGUAUUUCCGCGAAUUCUCGGCCAAGAUCGCGCCGUUGAUGGCCAAGCCUGCCGAGCUGCGAGCGGGGUCAUUCCUCAACGGCCACCGGGGAGUGUCACGACUCUGA